AUUCGAUGCCUGGGCCACUCCACCGCCUACUCUGCGAAGGAAGUGUACUAGAGUGUUGUAUUUGCUGCAGAACUAUUAAAUGCCGGCGGAUUUGUUAAGGCGACUAGCUGGAGAGAAAGAGUCCGGACUUGGACCACAGCGAGUAUGGCAAGCGGGUCCGGCGGAGACGACUAAAAAGGUUGGCGUCGGAUAACGGAGGGCAUAUGUCUGCCAUGAUUGCUUUCCAGGGCUGUCAUGACAGCACUCAAGUGCAAUACAGCCAUUGAAUUUUUUCUCUGCCCUGUCAUAUUUGUGGGUGUCCCCGUCCGCGGUCACCGUCUCCCCACAGCGAACGAUGCCUUUCGUUGACAUACCCUCUCGAGGAGACUACGUUUCAUUAUGGUACAGGACAAACUCAGUAUACGGGAACGUGGGCAGUUUCGAUCCAUCCAAGCCUACUAUCAUCAUGCUACACCCUCUCUUCCUCGACUCUACAUGGUUGCAGAGACAUUUCGAUGACCCACGGCUCAGCCUUCAAUACAACACCAUUGCCUUCGAUCAACGUACCAUGGGUCGUUCGCGUUGUCGGCCGAGCGAAUUACAUGAUUGCUAUGUUGAUGCAGCAGACCUUGCUUUAGCCAUGCAGGCCUUAUUCCUCCCGGCUUGUCAUUUUCUCGCCUUCGAAUGUAUAGCUGUAAACGCCGUUCUUAGGCUAACCGCGUUGUGGCCAGAACUCGUCUUGAGCCUAACCCUGUGCAAUGUACCGCCCCCCACGGAGCUCAAAUGGGUCUUCAAUGCCUACGACGAACUCUUGCAACUCUGGUGUUACGCUGCCGAUCUCGACGCGUUUGAGCACGCAGCUAGUGAAGUCGUCACGUUCAUGACCGGUGAGACAUCUAAUACGGAUCUGCAAGACGCCCUGAUUGCAUAUUGGGAGGCGUGGACGCCACCGACGAAACGGUUACGAAUCGUGGAGCUUGUAAAUAUUAUGAUGAAUCGGACACCUUUAACCCAAAAGGAGUUGGCUUGUAUAAGAUGUCCCGUUUUAAUUAUACAAAAUGAGCAGAGUGACGUUGCACCUCUGAAACACGCCGAAAACCUGAAGAAACAACUGAUCAACGCCAAAGGCGAUAUACCUCUCUUCACGAUAAAAGGUGCCAAGGCAUGCAUGUCUAUCAUGCCCGGAAGCGCGUCCCUGGUCAACCAGGCGUUCUCCAAGUUCCUCGCCACGUUGCCAAAGGCACGGACGGACCUCAUUCCUCCCAAGAUCCCGGUAUCGGAGCGCACGAAGAUGGCGUUGCGCACGUUGGGUGAUCUCAUCGGGGACCCUUCUUAUGCUCAGCGGGAUCCGCGGUCUAUCCUUUCAUUUUCGUGCGUGUCGUCGGAGGUGGCUCGGAGCCAGCUUGAGAACCUCAGGUUCUACGCACGUGACAUUGAGAGUGCUUACUGCCCCCUCGGAAGAGAUGGGCGGCCCCUGCGCAAAUAUUCUGAACGGCAAAAAUCACACUGGUUCCACGGAGAUCAUCGUGGAAUGAGCCAAAUCGAUAGCGCAGCGCUGUUGGUAGCACAGAAGAAUUACAAGUCGCAAUCCCCGGAACGCCCAAUUGCUGGGCAGUUGACUGCGAACGGGAACGACCUCGUCACGGAGGAUAUUGCUCAAGAUGGUCGGAUGCGGCGGACGACGUUCAACACGAACUCGGUUGAGAAGCAGGUCGUCAAGGGUUCGAUGACCAAAGUUGUCACGCAGAGCGCUGGCGUCAAGACGAACAACCAAGGGAACCCGUUGCCACGAGUGGGAGGCUUCCUAUGAUUGGGGGUUCCAAUACGGAACCUAUCGCACAUUGCAUACCCACACCGAUUGUAUAAUGAGUACCCCACCUUGGAGAUUCUCUGUAGAGCUAACGUACAUACUACGUUGAUAGUUUUCUUACUUUAUUUCGUCGGGCAACGAUAUCUGGGAAGA